UUCUUCAAAAAAAAAAAAAAAUUCUAUUAAACACUCAAACACAAACACAGAACCUAGAAGAGCAGAAUACUGCAGCAAACACGUGGUUCGUUCAUUGAGAGAGAGAGAAAGAUAUGCUCUAAUUAGAAUAUAUAUUUGAAUCGAAUGAAUAAAAGAAUAAUGAAUCCACUAAUUUAGACAUUGGCCAAUGAUAUACCUGCAUGGUAUAAAUUUAUGAAACAUAAUGUUUUUGUUUUGUUUUGUUUAUUUUUUCAAUUUUUUUUUCGUUUUUAUCAAUCAUCAUCAUUCAUGUUUAUUAAAUCCAUUACAGAUGUCAUCAUUAUCAUCGAAAAAUCAACAUUAUGUCGGCCGAGCUAUUCAGCUUGAAAUAGCCGAAUUGGAUAAUUAUUUUGUCAACAAUAUAGUAUUUCAUUUGAAUUCCAUAUCUGAAUCAACAUAUCGAUUUGUUCCAGAAUUAAAACUAUUAAUACAAACCUUAUUAUGGUAUCGAAAAUUAUAUGGCAAUGAUUCAUCCAUUGGUCUUGAUAUUUUUAAAUGUCGAUACUACUCGAGUACAAAUCAAUCAUCAUCCAAUGAAUUAUCAUUGAUUCAGAAAUGUUCAUAUCUACUUAAAUAUUCGUUACAAUAUCUCCAAGACCGAUUAGAUCAAUAUCCAUCAAAUCGACGAUGGACACAAAUGAUUGAAAAAUUUCUACUCUAUUAUCGAACACUGGAAAUGUUAAAUCUUUAUGUUUUCAUUUACAAUGGUAAAUAUCGAACAAUACAUGAACGAUUGUUUGGUAUUCGAAUUGUCAGUCAACGACAACAAUCAUCAGAUUCAAUAUUUAAUCAUUCAUUUUUAAAUCGUGAACUAAUGUGGAAUGCUAUGAUCGAAGUAUUGACCACAUUGAUUCCAUUCAUCACCACUACAUCGUUGUAUCGUUCCAUUAUCAAACGAAUUUAUUAUCCAAUUCGAUUAACAGGUCAACAACAAAAUCUACAAGAAAAAGUUCAAACGAAAAGUAACCGGUGUCAAAUCUGUGAUCUACCAGCAGUGAAUGCACAGGCCAUUCCGAAUUGUCGUCAUAUUUAUUGUUAUUUUUGUAUCAUACACAUUCUAUUCGAAGAUGGUAUUGUUAAAUGUGAUCAUUGUCAAGUAUCAAUUGAUUCGGCAGAUAAAUUAUUACGAACAUUUCAUAAUUAAAUUCUUGAUUUAUUCAUCGAA